AUGUCUCGUGAUCAUCAAUCAAUUACCUUUUAUAGAAGAUUCGAAAAUGACAUUCUCAAUGGUAGAAAGACUAUAACAGUUAGAGAUAGCAGUGAGUGUCACUUUCAGAAGGGUCAAGUCCUGAGUGUCUUUAGAAAUGAAGACCAAACCUACAUAUGUAACAUCGAGGUAGACAGCGUUAUCCCAGUCAAUAAAGAUGAACUUGAUGAUCAACAUGCAUCCCAAGAGAAUAUGUCAUUAAGUGAAUUAAAACAUGUAAUAGAUACAAUCUAUCCAGGUGUGAAUCAAUUAUAUGUAAUUUCAUUUCAUUUAACAAACAAAUUAGUAUAA